CAAAAUUCCUUUUUUUGGCUUUUCUGCUGAGAAUUUCUAUAUAAAAAACAAGCAAUGUUGAGACAAGGCUAAUAUAACAUUUCAAAAUUCUCCAAUUUCUCUACUAAAUUCAACAAAAAAUGGCAGUUCUUACUCAUGAGCAACCACAUUUUGUGUUAUUUCCUUUCAUGGCACAAGGCCAUAUGAUACCUAUGAUAGACAUAGCUCGAUUAUUAGCACAACGAGGUGCUAUUAUCACAAUUCUUUUGACACCCUCAAAUGCCAACAGGUUCAAUACAGUUAUCGCCCGCGCUAUAGAGAUUGGACUUAAAAUUCAAGUAAUUGACCUCUAUUUUCCAAGCUCAGAAGCAGGGAUACCAGAAGGGUGCGAAAACUGCGACAUGCUUCAAUCUAUAGAUAUGAUGAAGAAUUUCUUUCUUGCAACUCAAAUGCUUGAGUCGCAAGUAGUAGACUUGUUGCGAGAAUUAAAUCCAUUACCAAGUUGUUUAAUCUCCGAUAUGUGUUUUCCUUGGACAACUAAUGUUGCCAAAAGAUUUGACAUUCCUCGGAUUGUUUUUCAUGGGAUGUGUAGCUUUUCUUUGUUGUGUUUACACAAUUUGAGAGAAUGGAAGGUGUUGGAAAAUGUUGAUUCUGAUACUGAGUAUUUUUCAGUGCCUGAUUUUCCGGACAAAGUUGAACUAACCAAAGCUCAACUUAAAUCGUUGGUAGAUCCAAAUAAUCCUGAAUGGGAAGAAUUUGCGUACAAAAUGAAGGAGGCAGAAAAUGAAGCUUAUGGUAUAGUGGCUAAUAGCUUUGAGGAGUUGGAACCGGAAUAUGUAAAAGGAUUGAGAAAGGCCAAAGGUAAUAAGAUUUGGACAAUUGGUCCGGUUUCCUUAUGCAACAAAGAGAAACAAGACAAAGCUGAAAGAGGAAGCAAAGCCUCAAUAGAUGAACACCACUACUUGAAAUGGCUCGAUUCUAAGGAACCACUCUCGGUCCUCUUUGUUUGUCUUGGAAGUUUAUCGCGCUUGCCAACAUCACAGAUGAUAGAACUCGGACUUGGAUUAGAGUCUUCUAAACGACCUUUUAUUUGGGUUGUUAGACAUAUCUCAGAUGAAUUCAGAAAAUGGCUAAAUGAACAGAAUUUUGAAGAAAGAAUUAAAGAACAAGGGAUUUUAAUCCACGGUUGGGCCCCACAAGUACUAAUAUUAUCACAUGCUUCUGUCGGGGGAUUCGUGACUCAUUGUGGAUGGAAUUCGAGUAUAGAAGGAAUAUCUGCUGGCGUGCCAAUGAUCACUUGGCCAUUAUUUGCUGAGCAAUUUUGUAACGAAAGGCUAAUUGCGAAUGUUCUCAAGAUAGGAGUAAAGUCUGGCGUCGAGAAUCCUGUUAUGUUUUUAGAGGAGGAAAAAGCGGAUACACAAGUGAACAAAGAUGACAUUAAAAUGGUUAUUGAAAAAUUAAUGGGUGAAGAAGAGGAAGCAGAAAUGAGAAGAGAAAGAGCUAAAAAGCUUGGAGAAAUUGCAAGAAAGGCUGGGGAGGAAGGGGGUUCCUCUUACCUGAACUUGACAAAACUAAUACAAGAUGUCAAAGAGCAAGCUAAUUUUGGGAAAUCUAUUUGAAGUCUAAUGUUUGAUUAGGAUAAUGCAAUAUACGUACUGCACACAUAUGUCAUUUGGAGCUUUAGCAAACUGUUAAUGAUACAUUAUGUUUUGUUUACAAUCUGUAGUGGGCGUUGCCUAUUUCCAUUUAGAGGGGCACUUUCGCCUUUGUUUUACGUAGUGGAUAUUAAAGCUGUGGCAAAUUGCAGCAUGGAAAUAUAGAGAUAGUCCGUACUCUGCAAUAUGUGGACUUCAAAAUCAGGUUUUUAGGAAGCAGGGAGUAUAUGAAAUCAGCGGCAGAUCCAGGAUUUCACAAUUAAUGCACUAUUAUGAAUAGACAGA